AAAGAUUGCAUAACAUUGAUCGUUGUGAAAUGUGCUAUUGUGUGGGGUGAGUCAAGCAUGCAGAAGGUAACUCUAUGCAAAUCUAACCAUUAUCCACAUACCAACUCAGCCUGUAUAAAGUCAAGGCUGUGUGUAACCACCGAUACCAAUAAACAACUCUUUGAGGGAAGUGCGGCAGCAAAGUGUUUCACUUCCUGGCAGCUAACUCAGAGCCAAAGAAGAAGCUGCAAGACACCAGCCAUGCUCACUUCCCACCUUCUCCUGCGUGCUGCAGUGUUGGGAUUCACAAUUCUUCAGGCCCUUGCCUCCAGCACCUUCAUUGCAGCCGUCUAUGAGCAUGCAGUCAUCCUGCCAGAUGUCACUGACAAGCCUGUUUCUCCUGAGGAGGCUUUGGCCCUGAUGAACAAAAACAUGGAUGUCUUGGAAGGAGCCAUCGAGGAAGCUGCCCAACAGGGUGCCCACAUAAUUGUGACUCCGGAAGAUGGCAUCUAUGGCUGGCGUUUCACGAGAGAAACCAUCUACCCCUACCUGGAGGAUAUCCCUGAUCCAGCAGUGAACUGGAUUCCCUGCACGGACCCUACAAGAUUUGCUCCUGCUCCAGUGCAGGAACGACUCAGCUGCAUGGCCAGGCAGAACUCCAUCUAUGUGGUUGCAAACAUUGGGGACAAGAAGCUGUGUAACUCCAGUGAUCCCAGCUGCCCCAGCGAUGGUCGCUACCAGUACAAUACCAAUGUUGUCUUUGAUCCAGAGGGGAAACUGGUGGCUCGUUACCACAAGUACAACCUGUUUAGAGGAGAAACUCAGUUUAAUUACCCAAAAGAGCCAGAAGCUGUCACCUUUCAGACUCCCUUUGGAAAGUUUGGCAUUUUCACUUGCUUCGACAUCCUUUUCCAUGAGCCUGCCAUGGUCCUGGUGAACAAGUUGCAGGUGGACACCAUGGUCUACCCAACAGCUUGGAUGAAUGUCCUGCCAUUUCUGACUGCAGUUGAGUUUCACUCUGCCUGGGCUAUGGGCAUGGGUGUCAAUUUACUUUCAGCAAAUACUCACAACAUUGGCACAGCAAUGACAGGCAGUGGGCUGUUCACACCAGAGGGACCUGCCACCUAUCACUACAACAGUGAGACUGAGGAGGGACAACUCCUGGUAGCAGAGCUAAGUGCACACCCUCGUCUUUCUCCCACCUACCCUCCUGCUGUCAACUGGAGUUUGUAUGCCACAAGCAUUGGGAAGUUCCCAGGAGGAAAUGACACUUUUUCGGGAGCUGUCCGGCGGGAUAUAUUCACUUUCAGUCACCUCAAAUACAAAGAUGGAAAUUACACAGUUUGUCAAGGAGACCUCUGCUGUCAUUUGGUUUAUCAGAUGUCAAACCAGAGCAAAGAUGAAGUGUAUGUCCUGGGUGCAUUUGAUGGACUCCAUGGUUCUCUCAUUAAAUAUCACUGGCAGGUAUGCACACUGCUCAAGUGCAAGAGCGCAGACCUGAACACGUGUGGGCAGCCAGUGGAAACAGCUGAGACCAAGUUCGAGAUGUUCUCCCUCAGUGGCACAUUUGGUACCAACUAUGUCUUUCCAGAAGUCUUGUACAGCGAGGUGCAGCUGGCACACGGUGAAUUUGAGGUGCUACAAGAUGGACGAUUAAAAAGCAAGCAUGGCACAUCGAAACCACUCAUAACAGCAACACUUUUUGGAAGGCUUUAUGAAAAGGACCUGCCACACCCUCUGAGAACACCCAUGCAACAAUAACUCCUUAGGUGUUACAGAGUCACCAUUGACAGAAGGGAAAUUUCCUACAGUGCUUCACCUCUUCAUGAGCAGUUAUCCUGUAUCGCUCCUCUUCUGCAGUCUUCCACUUCUGUGCAGCAGCCAUUGCAGCUGGAUUUAUUCAGGAGAAAGUAGUGUGAUCACUCUGUUGUGUAUAGCUUUUUAAUAGCCCUUGAGCCAGU